GUCCGAAGCUUACUAGUGUGAUGAUCAGUGAUCUGUAUCUUUUCUUGUAUUCCCACUGCAGUGUGCCAAUCAGGACUUCUAGAGCAACGGCAUCAAUGCUUGGCAUCUGAUGCUCAGGCUCAUAAGUUAGAACGGUAAGGUUCUCGAUGCCCACAGACAUGAUGGCUGUCUGCAUUACAGAGUGCUCAUUAUCUAGAAAUAGCAUGCUUCACACUUCUGGUCUACGAUCUACUGACUACCUUCGGAGAAGAGGUUGAGUACUUCUGGUCGGGCCCAUGGAGCAUGUCGCGUGUUUUGUUUUUCUCGAACCGAUAUCUUCCAUUAGCUGUCAUGAUACCAACGAAUACCGCGUUGUUUGGGACCGAGAUAUCAGCUCAGUCGUGCACUUCGUUGAUUCGCGCUACAUUUGAGCUUUCAAUCAUUGCACUUUGCAUCAACCAAGGGAUCCUCCUCCUGCGCGUGUGGUACAUGUACUCCCAUAGUGUCAUUGUACGAGCCGUUGCAUGCGUCAGCUAUGCAGCAUGCACUUUAUCGUCCCUCAUAAUGCUGGCCUUGAAUCUUCAGUUCCUGGAGUCAUCCGCAAAAUCUCUGCAAAUUCAGAGGAAGAUAUCAGACAUUCCAGGAUGUUCCGCGCCUGCCCCAUCGAUGAUAUGGACAGUUUUUGUUCCAAGUACUAUCAUCCAUACAAUUUUGUUUGUGUUCACAAUCGCGCGAGUCGCGAAGGUCUCACAUGAUUUUCGGAUGGAUCAAUUGAUGCGGCGUCUCGUACGCGAUGGUGGCCUUGUCUUCUUCGUUUCGAUGGCUUCGGCGAUAUUUUCCGUAGUCGGUGCCCGUUUAACCACAAAUCCUGUCAUCAAUGGACCAGCAACGUGGUCAAACUCACAGUUGGCGAUAAGCGCGGUUGCGGUGUCUCGGCUUAUGCUCAGCAUACGGUCCCUCGCUGGGAAGUUGAGGAUUAAUCAACAUUGGUUAUUCAACCCGUCUGAGCUCAGCAGGGUAAAGUGGAGGGAUGUCUCUGGUGAUUAUGGCCGUUGCAUCGUGAUCGAGAUGGACACGCAUGAACCAGUAACACAAGAAGUAUAAAGUUGGUUGUGACGUUGUGUACUCGACGGGUAUUUGUCGGAGUCCGGAAUUCGGAUAGAAACUUAAACCCAUACUAGGUUAGAUAUUCCCGCAAUGCAUCCAACCCAAAUUUUUGUGC